AUGUCAGGGCCGCCCUCUGUUUUUUCGCAGGAUGGCACGUACACGACAGACGGCAGCAGCCUGUCUGGCUUCUCGGUAGGCCCGCCACCGACCGGCGAGACAGCCCUGCAGAAACUGGCGAGGGCGGAAGCAGAGAGGCAAACAAGCUUGGCCAUGCACAUGCAAAACCACAUGGGCCUGCCGCCGUUUGCCGUCAAUGGCAACUCACUUUACGAUGCCCACGAGCUGGCUGCGGCGGAUCCCGCGCGCCUGAUUAGCGCGGCCGACUUCCAGAGACAGGCCGAGACCGCGCGGCUCGUCUUCACCAACGACCCGAAUCGGCCCUGGGACAAAGACACAAAGAAGAGCAAAUACCCCGAGACCAUCUACAACAACCAGUUCGGCCUCCCCGACCCCGUCCUGGGCCACCCCAUUGUCGGCGGGCCGGGCACGUACGCCGCCGGCCGGCCGGGCGCCAGCCGCGUGUGGUCCAACGCGGCGACGACCAGCACGGCCGAGCUGCUCUACCACAACGUCCAGCAGGGUCAGCGUGAACACCAGGCCCGGCUGGACGCGGCCCGGCAGGAAGAGCGCGACCUCAAGGCCGAGCUCAAGAUGCUCCACACGCUGCUGCGGCGCGCGCACCAGCAGGCUGAGGUCAAGCGCCUCAAGAACGACAUCCGCCAAAAGCUCGCGCGCCGCGCACACGCGCGCCGCAUCCUCGGCAUGCCCUACGACGGCUACGCACCCUUUACCCAGGCGGCGUUCAUCCCGGAGGACCCGGAAUGCCCGCCGCUCGUGGCCAUGCUGGCCAACCCGCACCAGCCCCAGUUUGACGAGACCACCCACCAGUACGCGCUGCCAUGCCAGAGAUGCGGUGCACGGGCCUUGAUCAAUAAAGAAUUUGAAGUGGUCGAGCGAUGUCAGUGUACCUCUGGGCAGAGCUAG